AUGGACCGCACCUUCCCUCUGAACGGAUUGCAGACGCUCUCAGCACGCGUGCCCCACACUCUUCAUUUCUCUGCAGGACGAUACCAUCGAGCCAAUACCAUCAAAAUCGCCAUCAGUGAUUCUAUCCAUUUUCUCGAGGAUACUUCUUCUCAGCAGAAAAACGCUUACUUUGCUCAAUUCAUCCCGAGUUUUGAAGUUCUUCAAGCCACAGCCUCUGCUUCCUCUCUUGUCGUCUGCCCCGAUCUGCUUGAGAUUUUUCAAGCUGCUACUCCCCCAUCUGUCGACUUCAAGAAGUUGCCUACAGAUGUGGAGUCACGGUGGGGUAUCUACGCUUUCGUCCUUGAGAAACCUGGAUCUCGCUCAGCAAUCUACAUUGGCUCGGGUACCAACGCAAUUGGAGGUGUCAAACAUCGAUUCUUCAACUAUGACAAUGGCUAUAGUCUUGGUAAAAGGGUCGAAAGCACUCUAAAUGACGGCUGGUCAAUUGCUCACAAAGGGCUGCUAUGUUGGGGUUCAAUCCCAACUGCUGAUCUUGUUCCUCUCCUUCGGGUCCUAUAUAUUGCUCUGGAAACUGUAUUUGCCUACGUCUUCUGGACAAUGACGAAGACCAAAGGAAAGGGAAAACGGAACAUGGCUCAUAUCUCUUUGUGGGAGCUUGGAACACACACAUACGACGGGCUGUGUAGUCAUCCAGCCUUGCUCGAAGGCAUCUUGGGCGGCUUUGACCUCACCCCUGAAUAG